AUGUUGAUGGUGAACCACGAGUAUACCUUCGGGGAGGCGGAAGACCUCAUCAAGUUAGUUCAGAUUGACCUCGCCCAGUUUGCACGGCCAUUCAUCUACAAUCCGCUUAUUCGAGUUUACCAACCGGAUUUGGUGACCCGCUUGGUAUCUGGAAUCCCUCUGGCUUCCAAUGACCGAGGUGGGAUGGUCAACUAUGGACCUUACCAGGACCCAAAUGAGAACUACAAUGACUGGCCUCGGGCAAUUUGA